CGCGCUGAGCCCGAGCGGCGCUCGGUACCCGCGCGGGCGGCGGUGGGAGCCGGGCCCGGGGCCGCGGGGGACGGGCCGGGACGGGGGAGGCUCGGCGCGGCCAUGGAGAUCGGCACCGAGAUCAGCCGCAAGAUCCGGGGUGCUAUAAAAGGAAAGUUGCAGGAGCUGGGGGCUUAUGUUGAUGAAGAGCUCCCUGAUUAUAUUAUGGUUAUGGUGGCCAAUAAGAAGAGUCAAGAGCAGAUGACAGAAGACCUUUCCCUUUUCCUUGGAAACAAUACUGUCAGGUUUACUGUCUGGCUCCAUGGUGUUUUGGAUAAGCUGCGAUCUGUGACUACUGAACCAACCAGCGUAAAAUCUUCAGAAUCGAAUAUCUUUGAGAGCAACCUGCCUUCCAGCAAAAGCAGUUCCUGUGUGAGUGAUGAGAGGAGGCGAGAGGAUAUCUUGCCGCCUCUUGCUGUGUCAAGCACUCGGACUGAAAGAAAUGACUCCAGAGUUUCAACCAGCUCACAGGAGCAGAGGAACACUGCUUCCAGGCAGUCUUGUGAAGAUGGUUCUGCAUCCCGCUUAACGUCAACGGUCAAGCCUUUGAGGGAAUUGUCACCUUCUGAAGCUGUAAUUGACAUUAAACCUGAACCAGAUGAUCUAAUUGAUGAAGACCUAAACUUUGUGCAGGAGAAUCCUUUGUCUCGGAAGAAACCUAUUGUGACUGUAACUUACAGUUCCUCUCGUCCCUCCGCCGAGAUCUACCGGCCACCAGCUGUCAGGGGUGCAGAUGGCAGCGUUCACGUGCCCAGAUUGUCACAACAGGGCAGCAUGCAGGGGAGCCGCCAGUUAGACACACAAGGCUGCAGGUCUUUGGAAACAGGCCAGCUGUGCAAUCCAGAAGCAUUUGGCAGCUUAGCAGAAGGUCACAGACCCACCUCCAAACUCGGUGCUGAUAAAGUGGGCAGUGAGGAGGAAAGCUCCAGGAAGAGACGGCUGCCCAUUGUAAGCUCGGUAGUCAAAGUGAAAAAGUUCUGUAAUGAUGGAGAAGAUGAAGAGGAAGAGGAAGACUAUGGAUUGCGAACAGGAAGCAUCUCCAGCAGUGUGUCUGUACCUGCAAAGCCAGAAAGAAGACCUUCAUUGCCGCCUUCAAAACAGGCCAAUAAGAAUUUAAUACUGAAAGCAAUCUCUGAAGCACAGGAAUCAGUUACAAAAACAACCAAUUAUUCCACUGUUCCACAGAAACAGACUGUUCCAGUUGCACCAAGAACUCGAAUUAGCCCAGAAGAAUCACAGUUAGAAGUAAUUCAUGUGCAAAACAGACUGCCUGUUCUGAGUUCUCAGCUUCAAGUAGAAGAGUCAAAGGAGCAGACAGUUGAAGAAAUUCAAGGAAUUGAACAAAAGGAGCUCUCUUGUCGGCUUCAGAUUGAUCCUGUGAUUGAAGAUGCCUUGCAAGUGUCUCAGGAUUACUGUGACCCAGAGUCUCUGGUCCACUCAGAUACUCGGUCGUUUAUCCUGAAGAAGCCCAGGUUAUCAGAGGAGAUGGCGCUGCAGAAUCAGCAACUGGGAAAGAAGGGUACAGAGGCAGUGCGAGUUCACUCAGGACGUCUAAUACAGACACGAGACCAGCUUGCACAGCCAGAGAAACCUGCUAGUCCCAAGUUCAUUGUGACACUGGAUGGCGUGCCCAGUCCACCAGGAUACCUCUCUGAUCAGGAAGAGGAAGACAUAUGUCUAAUGGAAGGAUUAAAGCCAGUUGCCCAGCACAUGUGUGCUGGCAAAGGAUUGAAAGGUCUUCGAGCACAGCAGAUGCAGAUUGUAACCAGGCAGCUGGAGAACUGUGAUGUGGAAAUGGAAGACUUAACUAUGCUACAAAAGCAGGAGAAGGUGCUGGAGCGCUGCAAGUACUGGCCUGCCUGUAAAAAUGGAGAUGAAUGUUUGUACCAUCACCCCACACUACCUUGCAAAGCUUUUCCUAACUGCAAAUUUGCUGAUAAAUGUCUGUUCAUCCAUCCAAACUGUAAAUAUGAUGCGAAGUGCACUAAGCCAGACUGUCCUUACACUCACGCCAGUCGACGAACCCCCCAUCCAUCUCCUAAACCAGCACCCGUGCCCACAUUGUCCAUACCCUCCAGUAGUCCACUGUGCAAGUUUUUUCCAGCUUGUAAGAAAAUGGAGUGUCCAUUUUACCACCCAAAACAUUGUAGGUUUAAUACACAGUGUACAAGACCAGACUGCACUUUCUACCAUCCCACUGUUGCUGUACCUCCACGCCACGCCUUGAAAUGGACUCGAACUCAAGCCAGUGAAUGAAUAUGAUACAACCUGGGACUGAGCUUUGCCUCCUCCGGACAGUAGAGGACAGGAGGAUCAACCACCAGGACACAGGAUGCUAGGAAAGACUCAUACAUUUUGGACUUUGAAUAUACAUUGUUUUCAUAAAACGAGGUUGAUUGCAUACUUGAAAUGUCUCUAAUUUUCCAAGUUUGUAAGUUUGGACAAUUUUACAUUUUUUUUACGCUGUAAGAAAAAAACAUCUGUGUAAGAAAAAUUCUACUUUAAGUUCCAUUAAAAACCUUCAAAGCACA